GAGCGUCAGUUCAGUACCAGACCGAGAGCAGCACGGAUCAGUGCCAGAGAGAGACGGAGGAAAGAUUCUGUCGCUACAUGCCGCCGCUACCUUACGGAACAUUAUAACGCAGCGGGAAACGGCCAAACUCUAUCGGUUUCUUCUUAAAGGACGGAAUUUAAACGAUGUACCGUUCGGGAGGCGUGAUGCUGGGGCUUCUCGCCGCUCUGCAGGUGGCAGUCCAGGGCACAGGGGCAAUGCCAUGUCAACCAGGCUUCACAGAGAACGAGUACAACGUCAUGACUGCCGACGUCAUCACCGAGGGACAAUUUCUUCUUAAAGUGGAUUUUGUGGACUGUGGCAGAGGUUCUGGCUUGCGCUUCGAGAGCGGAGACCCUGCGGAUUUCCGGAUAGAGGCCGACGGGACGGUUUUCGCAGCGCGAACACUGCAGCUCUCUGACGGGAAGGGGCGGAGCUUGGAGAUUAAGGCCAAGGACGUGAAGUCUCAAGAACAUUGGCUGGUACACGUUAACUUCACCCAGCCCAAGCAGGUGCCAGUGAUACCGUUUCCGCGGCACAGUGUGGUUGUCAAGGAUGACGGCAGUGUGAAUCGCGUGAAAAGAGAGUGGGUCAUUCCUCCUGUCAACGUGCUUGAGAACUCCAAAAAACAAUUCCCUGAAGAGCUUGUGAAAAUCCAGUCGGAUAAGGGCAAGAGUAACAGAAUUCUCUAUGACGUGACUGGACCAGGAGCCGACCAAAACCCCACCGACCUGUUUAUCAUCGACGCCAUUUCAGGAAUCCUGUCCGUCACCAAACCACUGGACAGAGAACACACCCCCUACUUCAAUCUACGUGCUCAUGCCGUGGACUCCAAUGGGAACCAGAUGGAGAACCCCAUUGACAUCAUCAUCAAUGUCAUCGAUAUGAACGACAACCGGCCCGAGUUCACACACCAGAUCUGGAACGGAACCGUGGAUGAGGGCGCCAAACCAGGUACAUUUGUAAUGACGGUGACCUCCCAGGAUGAGGAUGACCCAAAUACAGCCAAUGGGAUGCUCAGAUACAAGAUCCUCUCCCAGACCCCGGAGAGCCCCUCCUCCAAUAUGUUCACUAUCAACGACAAGACCGGCGAAAUCAUCACUGUAGCUGCUGGCCUGGACCGUGAGAAGGUCCCUCAAUACACCCUGAUCAUUCAGGCUACCGAUAUGGAGGGAGACCCCACAUAUGGUCUGUCCAACACCGCCACUGCUGUCAUACGCCUGCUGGAAACCAUCCAAAAAAAGGUGCCAGUGAUACCGUUUCCGCGGCACAGUGUGGUUGUCAAGGAUGACGGCAGUGUGAAUCGCGUGAAAAGAGAGUGGGUCAUUCCUCCUGUCAACGUGCUUGAGAACUCCAAAAAACAAUUCCCUGAAGAGCUUGUGAAAAUCCAGUCGGAUAAGGGCAAGAGUAACAGAAUUCUCUAUGACGUGACUGGACCAGGAGCCGACCAAAACCCCACCGACCUGUUUAUCAUCGACGCCAUUUCAGGAAUCCUGUCCGUCACCAAACCACUGGACAGAGAACACACCCCCUACUUCAAUCUACGUGCUCAUGUCGUGGACACCAAUGGGAACCAGAUGGAGAACCCCAUUGACAUCAUCAUCAAAGUCAUCGAUAUGAACGACAACCGGCCCGAGUUCGCACACCAGAUCUGGAACGGAACCGUGGAUGAGGGCGCCAAACCAGGUACAUUUGUAAUGACGGUGACCUCCCAGGAUAAGGAUGACCCAAAUACAGCCAAUGGGAUGCUCAGAUACAAGAUCCUCUCCCAGACCCCGGAGAGCCCCUCCUCCAAUAUGUUCACUAUCAACGACAAGACCGGCGAAAUCAUCACUGUAGCUGCUGGCCUGGACCGUGAGAAGGUCCCUCAAUACACCCUGAUCAUUCAGGCUACCGAUAUGGAGGGAGACCCCACAUAUGGUCUGUCCAACACCGCCACUGCUGUCAUACGCCUGCUGGAAACCAUCCAAAAAAAGGUGCCAGUGAUACCGUUUCCGCGGCACAGUGUGGUUGUCAAGGAUGACGGCAGUGUGAAUCGCGUGAAAAGAGACUGGGUCAUUCCUCCUGUCAACGUGCUUGAGAACUCCAGAAAACAAUUUCCUGAAGAGCUUGUGAAAAUCCAGUCGGAUAAGGGCAAGAGUAACGCACUGCGCUAUUGCGUGACCGGACCAGGAGCCGACGAAAACCCCACCGGCCUGUUUAUCAUCGACGCCAUUUCAGGAAUCCUGUCCGUCACCAAACCACUGGACAGAGAACACACCCCCUACUUCAAUCUACGUGCUCAUGUCGUGGACACCAAUGGGAACCAGAUGGAGAACCCCAUUGACAUCAUCAUCAAAGUCAUCGAUAUGAACGACAACCGGCCCGAGUUCGCACACCAGAUCUGGAACGGAACCGUGGAUGAGGGCGCCAAACCAGGUACAUUUGUAAUGACGGUGACCUCCCAGGAUAAGGAUGACCCAAAUACAGCCAAUGGGAUGCUCAGAUACAAGAUCCUCUCCCAGACCCCGGAGAGCCCCUCCUCCAAUAUGUUCACUAUCAACGACAAGACCGGCGAAAUCAUCACUGUAGCUGCUGGCCUGGACCGUGAGAAGGUCCCUCAAUACACCCUGAUCAUUCAGGCUACCGAUAUGGAGGGAAACCCCACAUAUGGUCUGUCCAACACCGCCACUGCUGUCAUACGCCUGCUGGAUGUCAAUGACAACGCUCUGGAGUUCACCCGAGAGACUGUGCCAGUGAUACUGUUUCCGCGGCACAGUGUGGUUGUCAAGGAUGACGGCAGUGUGAAUCGUGUGAAAAGAGACUGGGUCAUUCCUCCUGUCAACGUGCUUGAGAACUCCAGAAAACAAUUCCCUGAAGAGCUUGUGAAAAUCCAGUCGGAUAAGGGCAAGAGUAACGCACUGCGCUAUAGCGUGACCGGACCAGGAGCCGACCAAAACCCCACCGGCCUAUUUAUCAUCGACCCCAUUACAGGAAUCCUGUCCGUCACCAAACCACUGGACAGAGAACACAUCCCCAACUUCAAUCUACGUGCUCAUGCCGUGGACUCCAAUGGGAACCAGAUGGAGAACCCCAUUGACAUCAUCAUCAAUGUCAUCGAUAUGAACGACAACCGGCCCGAGUUCGCACACCAGAUCUGGAACGGAACCGUGGAUGAGGGCGCCAAACCAGGUACAUUUGUAAUGACGGUGACCUCCCAGGAUAAGGAUGACCCAAAUACAGCCAAUGGGAUGCUCAGAUACAAGAUCCUCUCCCAGACCCCGGAGAGCCCCUCCUCCAAUAUGUUCACUAUCAACAACAAGACCGGCAAAAUCAUCACUGUAGCUGCUGGCCUGGACCGUGAGAAGGUCCCUCAAUACACCCUGAUCAUUCAGGCUACCGAUAUGGAGGGAAACCCCACAUAUGGUCUGUCCAACACCGCCACUGCUGUCAUACGCCUGCUGGAUGUCAAUGACAACGCUCCGGAGUUCACCCGAGAGACUUUCCAUGGUGAGGUCCCAGAGAACCGUGUGAAUGUGAUAGUGACGAAUCUCACCGUGACUGACAAAGAUGAACCGGGGACUACUUCGUGGAAUGCUGUGUACCGGAUCAUAUCUGGGGAUUCAAGUGGACACUUUUCCAUCCCCACUGACCCCAUUACCAAUGAAGGCCUUGUCACCGUUGUCAAGCCAAUUGAUUUUGAGUUGAAUCGAUCAUUCAUGCUGACUGUUGUCGCUGAAAAUGAGGUGCCGCUGGCAAGCGGGAUCCAUCGCACCCGCCAGUCUACAGCCACCGUGUCCAUACGCGUCAUCGACGUGAACGAAAGCCCAAACUUUGACCCAAACCCCAAACAGAUCAAACUGGAGGAGGGGCUCCCGCAGUGGUCGAUGCUAACGACUUUUACUGCUCAUGAUCCAGACAGAUUUGUGCAGCAGAGUAUUAGGUACUCUAAAUUGUUUGACCCUGCCAACUGGCUGGAGAUCGACCCCAACAAUGGACGAAUUUCCACAAUUGCUGUUUUGGACCGAGAGUCUCCCUAUGUUAAAAACAAUCUCUACAAUGCCACAUUUAUGGCCUCAGACAAUGGUAUCCCCCCUGCAAGUGGGACGGGAACUCUGCAGAUCUACCUGCUGGACAUAAACGAUAACGCACCUCGAGUCUUCCCGCAAGAAGCAGAAGUGUGCGAGCGUCCUGAGCCCAACGCCAUCAACAUCACGGCUGUAGACGGAGACCUCAACCCCAACGCUGGGCCCUAUGCUUUCGAGCUGCCCAACCGACCAUCUGACAUCCGCAGGAACUGGACACUGACUCGAAUCAGUGGCGAUUAUGCUCAGUUAAGUCUGAAAAUUAGUUACUUGGAAAGUGGGAUUUACGAGCUGCCCAUCAGCAUCACAGACUCGGGUAACCUGCCCAUGUCCAACACCACCUACCUGCGCAUCAAAGUUUGCCAGUGCGAUCACCACGGCGACUGCGUGGACAUGGAGCGCAUCAUGGCAGCCGGGCUGGGCACCGGAGCCAUCAUCGCCAUUCUUAUCUGCAUCAUCAUCCUGCUGGUGCUGGUGUUGAUGUUUGUGAUGUGGAUGAAGAGACGGGAUAAAGAAAGACAGGCCAAGCAGCUGCUGAUCGAUCCAGAGGACGACGUGCGAGACAACAUACUCAAAUACGACGAGGAGGGUGGCGGAGAGGAAGACCAGGACUAUGAUCUGAGCCAGCUGCAGCAGCCUGAUACUCUGGAGCCAGACAUGAUCAAGCCCGUCGGGAUCCGCCGGAUGGACGAGCGACCGAUGCACUCUGAGCAUCCGAACUAUCCUAUCCGCUCGGCCGCACCCCAUCCCGGAGACAUAGGAGAGUUCAUCCACGAGGGCCUGAAGGCGGCCGACACCGAUCCCACGGCCCCUCCGUACGACUCCCUGCUGGUGUUCGACUACGAGGGCAGCGGCUCCACGGCCGGAUCGCUCAGCUCCCUUCACUCCUCCAGCAGCGGAGGCGACCAGGACUAUGACUACCUCAACGACUGGGGCCCUCGCUUCCGCAAACUCGCCGACAUGUACGGAGGCAACGACGACUAGCUUGAACCAUCACCGCAGGACCACAAAAAAGAGAAGGAAGAACCGGAGGAGGAGGAAAAUUAAAAGAAACAUCAAAAAAAAAAACAGUGUGGCACUUUUUUUUUAAUUGCAGGACGAGGACAGUGAGCAGAAUCAAAACAAUGAAGAAACCAAUAUACCCUAAAGAGACAGAGAAUGAAGAGACGAGAAAGUGGAAGGAAGAUCACCAUGGAAACAAAACCAGGUCUCUCCGAGGCCCUCUGUUGUUGACGGAAGGGGGUCUUAUGAAGGAAAACUGCCUAGAUUUGGUUCAGUCCAGGAUUUUUUCGCCUAAGUUUGAAGGAUCAUCGGUACGAAACGUAUGAAGGAACGCUUAAAGAACGUUAAAUGAAUGCUAAGUUACACUUGAAUCUCACAGUACAGAAGCACUGGGAUAUUACGUGCCUUUUUGUACAUUUUUUUUGUUUUGUUUUUUCAUUUUUACAUUUUUCUUUUCGGCCUUUGGUCAUUUGAUCUGAUGAUGUUGUUUUUCUGUUCAAUGGCUUUGGUGGCUCAGAGUUUUGGAGUGUUUAUGUCGUGAGCCUGUUUAUAACGUUUAUGCUUCUGCUUGCGUUUCUCACCGUCACGCUGUUCGUCUCACGUCACGUAUCAAAACGAAAGCUUUGGAAGAAUGAGAGCAAGACAGAGGGAACAGCUUUGUACAGUAUGCUAGAAAAUAGAUUUUAGUUUCUUUUUUUUUUCUUUUCUUUAUUUUAAAAAAGUAUAUUCACUGUUUUUCCACCAGAACGUUAACUUACGCAGCCGGUUGCAAAAUAGAAGACGAGCAUUAUUAUUUGGUAGCAGAACUCUUCGUUUCGUUCAUUUAUUUUCUCUCUCUCUCUCUGCAUUUUUUGAAGUGAUUUAGUAUUUUGCAAAUGAAAACAUUCUGUUUUUUGAAAUGUCAUCUGCCUUAGUCAUCCUGGUAUUCUUUCAUGCCUGGUAUUCUUUCAUUUUUUACUCCACUGUAAAUUAAAUGGCGUGUACAUAGUUUUUUGUUUUGUUUUUCCUCUUUUAAUGUAGUCUACCAAGAAGAACAGGGCGUGAAGAACUUGUAAAUGUAUAAUUUGGACUACAGACAAAAGGAUUUUUGCAUGUUUUUAUCUUUUACGUAAAAAACGGUCUUUCUGAAAUUGAUUUACACACAAAUAAAGAAAUGCCCACCUUGAAUGAGACUAAAGUGAAUAAGUGAGACAGAAGUUUGGUCCAGAUACCUGUUGUUUUCAUCCCUGCCCAUUCAUGACCUAACAUUCCUUUUUCAUUUCGCCCUUUUUGGCCCAGUUAAUGACCUUCCAUUUGCCCGUUCUCUAAUUUCAUUGCUUGACGUCCUUCGUCAAGGAUUCCAUGUUGACCACCUUGCGCUUCCUUUGUUCUUCUCUGCUACGUUCUGCAUUUCCAUUGUCUUCUCCCCCGGGCCACUCUCAUGGAUCAAAGAGGUCGGCUGACGUUCGAGGCUCCGAGGCCAUAUUCCUAAAUGCACGAUCCUUCGGGAUCUUCACGUUUGAACUAAACUGUAAUGGUGGACCUAAGCCCUCAUCAUAACUGUCUCUGCCUGUUAGAGAACCGUAAUGGUGUGUGUGCGUGUGUGUGUGUGUGUAUCACUGGAUACCGUCAGAGAGGGCCAUUUAAAAGAGCAGGAUGGAAGUACGUGGCCAGUCCACUCAUGAGGCUCACAGCCAUAAGAUGAUUAACAGCUUUUUAAUGGACGAUGGCUGUCCAGACUUCUGCGGGCUCUGUUUGCAAUUACUUGUUGAUAUUAUGACCCAUUGCAGCCCAAAUGACCAAUAAAAGUCUAAUUUUGGAAA